AUGUCGGAACCUUUUUUACCUGAAAGUACCAUUUUAGAUAUAAUUUCCUGUUUUCAAUAUAAAAUAUUUGACAUCCAAAUAUAUUUAUCACAGAUUAUUGUGUGGAGUCAUCUCACUAUGUUUGAGAAAUUGGUCCAAAAAUUUCGUCCAGAUCCUUUUGGAUUGGAACUUCUUACAUCAAAUCAAAAAUAUAUUUCAAAAAUAAGUUUUAUGACACUUUUGAUUUCUUCAUUAUUUAUGGAAUCUAAAAGAUUUGUCUUAAAUGAAAAAACUAAAGUGUAUAAUUUCAAUAUCUCUAAAUCGUCGGUUAAAUAUUUUAUGAUUUUUGGGAAAGAAAGUUAUAAAUUAUAUGUCUAUUCUUUAAUUAUUUUACCUCAGUUUACAUUUUUCUUUAAAUAUUAUUCUGAUGGAAAUAAUGCUACUUUCACUAAAAAUGAUUUAGUACUGAAUUAUGUAGGUUGGUCAACUUUUUAUUAUCUCUUGACUAACAAAGCCAUUACUAAAUUGAAACAAAAAUAUAAUAGAUCAUCCAAUUUUGAGAUUAAAUUUUUCUUAGAUGAAGAAGCUAUGAAAUUAGGAUCUAAAUAUCAUGAAUUAAAAAGCUCUUUGAAUGAUUGGUAUAAUUGUUUAAUGUUUCAUAUUAGUUUCCACGUAGGUUCCACACUUUGUAAAAGAGCUUAUGGUGAGGAAAUAAUAUCAACUUUAUUAAAUAAUAUUGAUCAAAGAAUUAUCAAUUGUUAUAACUUACACAUCUGUUACACUUAUUUUGCUGUGGCUUCUCAUUUUUUAGAUCCUGAUAAUAUAAAAGUUCCCAAGAAUACCUUCCCACCAUCUACUAUAAAUAAUAACGAUCCUCCCAUUAAAAAUUCAAGAUUUGGAAAAAAUUUUUACUGA